AUGCGCGUCCUCUCUGCGCUACCCUUCCUCUCCCUCCUAUCGAUGGCGCUCGCCAUCCCCUUUGACUCGGCCAAGUCGCUCACCACGCUUCGCAAGCGCGACGAGGCCGUCCGCGCCUUUGACGAGCAGGUCAUGAAGCGCGCAAAGAACGUCGCGUCCACCUACCCGGUCGAAUACCGCUCCAACAUCAGCGACUACAGCCUCUGGGAGCAGUUCCAGCGCGAGGGCGUGCUGCCCCAGCCCGUGCGUGGCAAGACGGGCGCCACCAACUACGGCCCGGACAAUACCGAGAUCAGCCGCCAGAACCCGGACAUCUUUGCGCCGCCCAGCACCGACCACGGUACCAUCCCGCAGGCAAAGUGGCCCUUUGCCCUCUCGCACAACCGCCUCGAGACCGGAGGAUGGGCCAGGCAGCAGAAUGUCGACGUCCUCCCCGUCGCCACUGAAAUGGCGGGCGUCAACAUGCGCCUCGAAAAGGGCGCCUUCCGCGAGCUGCACUGGCAUGCCACCGGCGAGUGGGCCUACGUCCUCAACGGAACGACGCGCAUCUCCGCUGUCGACCCGGACGGCAAAAACUACGUCCACGACGUCAAGGAGGGUGACCUGUGGUUCUUCCCGGCGGGCACGCCGCACACGCUGCAGGCCGUCAGCGAUCAGGGCAGCGAGUUCCUGCUGGUCUUCGACGACGGCAGCUUCAGCGAGGACUCGACGCUGCUCCUGACCGACUGGCUGGCCCACAUCCCCAAGGAGGUGAUUGCCAAGAAUUUCGGCGCCGCCGACCUGUCGAGCACGGCGUACGACAAGUUCCCCAGCGAGGAACUCUACAUCUUCCCCAGCACCGUCGACAACAGCACCGAGGGCACCACGGCCGUCGACAACCCGCAGGGGCAGCGGACCAAGUCGCCCUUCUUCUACCCGUACAGCGACAUGGAGGCGACAAAGUACAACGGCGGCUCGGCAAAGGUCCUCGACAGCACCAAGUUUUCCGCCUCGACCAUCGCCUCGGCGCUCGUCACCAUCGAGCCGGGCGCGAUGCGCGAGCUGCACUGGCACCCCAACUCGCCCGAGUGGGACUACUUUAUCCAGGGCCACGCCCGCAUGACCAUCUUUGCCGGCUCGACCAAUGCGCGCACCUACGACUUCCAGGCGGGCGACACGGCCUACAUCAAGGAGCAGUCGGGCCACUACAUCGAAAACAUCGGCAACGACACCGUCGUCUACCUCGAGCUCUUCAAGGCGCCCAAGUACCAGGACAUCAGCCUGAGCAACUGGCUCGCCCUCACGCCGCCCAACGCCGUAAAGGCCCACCUCGGCUUCAGCGACGACGACAUGAACCGCCUCUACAACACCUUCAAGACGAAAAACUCGGUCGUCACGCGCGCCGGCUCCGGCCUCGGCCACAACAAUGGCAACAAGCCCCACGACAAGCGCAGCCUCGUCGACGAUGCCCCCGCCGCCCUCGUCGCCGGAAAGAGGAGUUUCUACUGA